AUGGGGCUUCGAUGCCCUCACUCAAGAUGGCGGCCUGCCGGGACCGCCCCUUUGGCGUCCUCCAGAUGCUUACAGUCGAUCCUCUGUCCGAAUGGCGGUGGCGGCGGCGGCUUCUCGCGGACUCUGGGGGCUGGUGACGCGGCGGUUUUGGCCCCCACUCAGCCGGGACUGACAUUUAGCCUUCGCCCCAUGAGCUCCACUGUGCAAGAUGAAGCCUCCAAAGCAGCCCCGGUUGAGGCACCGGGCCACAGCUAUCAGUCUCUUCAAGUGACAUCCGGCCCAGAACACAUUCUGCACGUGCAGAUAAACUGGCCCGAAAAGAGGAAUGCCAUGAACAGGGCCUUCUGGAGUGAGAUGGUGGAGUGCUUCAACAAGAUAUCAGAAGAUGCCAGCUGUCGCGCUGUGGUGGUUUCUGGUGAAGGAAGAACGUUCACUUCAGGCCUUGUGCGAAGCGCUUCUGGGGGCUCCGUCUCCUUGAAUCUUUGCUGCCCUGUCAGCUCUUCGGAGGAUUUUAUACUCGUUUUCCAGAGAAGACACCCCAGGCUCAGAAGAUGAAGUUGCCUGGCCCAGGUCACGCAGGGGGAGUCCUGCCUUCAUGAAUUUCACUUGCACAAGUUCAGCUCUACUCAGUGCCAAUGCUCCUAUGGUCUCGCUUGUUUCAGCAAGAAGUGGAGGCAGUGAAGCCGCCAAGUUGGUGGUGUGGCCAC